CACACCUUACUUAUACCUUAACCAAAAAACUGCAGGAACAACUUCGAAGUGAAAAGGGACAACGUCGAAAUGAAAGUGAUAAUGAUAGAUGUGAGAAUGAUGAUAGAAAUGAUAGAAAUGAAA